UCAUACGUGACUGAAAAGUGUCUUGCUAAUGUUCAACACAGUGACAACUUGAUACACAUAGAAAUUAAGAUGAACACAUCCAGAAACGUGUCGUUUGGAAUAUCAAAUGAGGUAGCAGUGUCCACGGGAUGUUGUGCCGAAGGCUGCAAAUACAACAUCCUGUCUUCGCAAGGGAGACGCUUCCAAAUAACUAAAAUUCUAGCACUGGCACUGUUUCCUAUUAUUGUGUUAAGUGUGAUAGCAUCCAUCAGCGUUAUUGAUAAUGCAGCCGAAUUGUCUCUAAAGGAAGACAUUCAAAAGGGAAUUAAAUUCAGCCUCGAAACUGGAAUUCUUUUACGCUUUACUCAGAUCGAAAGGGGGAUGAGUACCUUGUAUCUCAGUUCACAAUCGGACACCCAGGCAUACCUCACACUAAUGGAGAAAUAUAGUCUUACUGAUAGAAUCAUAAACAAUUUAAGUCAAUGGCCUCCGUUAGCAGUGGGAAAUCCGCCUCAUUUUCAAUCAAAAGCAAGUUAUUUUGAAAACAUUAAACAAUAUCGGAAUCGAGUAAUCUCUGACAAUAUUACUAUUGAGGAUGUCAUUAACAAAUACACCAACGACAAUGGCGUAAUCAUAGGCUGGGUAGCCACCUAUAUCCGACUGUACACCACUGGAAAACUUUGGAUGAACCUUGUAGCAUACUAUAUGCUUCUUCUUGGAAGCGAUGAGAUUGGUUUAGAGCGUGCUCUCGGAAGUACAUAUUUCACGACAGGUGUUUUACCUCACAAGCAAUCGGCGUUGUACAUUGAGAAGAAGGUGACAGCAGAACGCUACUUAGAAAUCAGUAAAAGCUAUUCUGACGAAGUUCGUCGUCUGACGGAGACAUACUUAGACAAUACCGAGCUCUAUAGAACCCUUAAUGACAUGCGCACGAAGAUCAUAAUGAACCAAAACAUAACAACUUCGGCUUAUUCGUCCAUCCAGUGGUUCGAUAAUAUGACGUCAUACAUCGAUAUCAUGAUGGAUAUAAAGGACACUAUCGCACAGAAUAUAGUAAACAGUCUACAACAGGAGCUGGAUGCUGUCAGUGUAAACUACCAAUGGAGUAUUGGACUUCUAAUAGCUACGCUAUUGCUGUAUCCCUACAAUUUUAGUUGUGGUGUUCAACUUACCAAACAGAUCCAAUUAGUGGCGUUAUCCUUCAAGGAAAAGGCGUCUUCAUUGUCAAACGAAAGGAAACGCAGUGAGGCUCUUUUAUGUCAACUACUGCCGAUAUCUGUUGCGAAGAAGAUGAUGGAAAAUGAAAAAGUCGAACCAAGACUGUACAGUUCCGCCACAGUAUGUUUCUCAGAUAUUGUAGGAUUCACCACUAUAUGUUCAGGCUGCACUCCUUUCCAGGUCGUCGAAUUGCUGAACUCAUUAUACAAUACAUUUGAUUCUAGACUGGAGAAAUACGACGUGUAUAAGGUGGAGACCAUCGGCGACGCGUACAUGGUUGUGUCGGGAGUUCCGGAGACGAACGGCGAGCGCCAUGUCUGUGAGAUAUCGUAUUUGGCCUUAGACUUGAGGGAUGCUACCCAGAAGAUAGAUGUAAGGCAUCUGUCGGGCAAAAACAUCAGUUUGAGAAUACGAAUCGGCGUCAAUACAGGCCCGGUAGUGUCUGGUAUUGUUGGUAUAAAGAUGCCGAGAUACUGCCUGUUCGGAGAUACAGUCAACGUAGCGUCCCGCAUGGAAUCAACAGGAAAGCCUCAGAUGAUACAGAUAAGUGCUACCACUCUGGAUGCGUUAGAAAAGUACCCUUGCUUCCAAACACAGGAGAGAGGAUAUGUGGAAAUUAAGGGAAAAGGUGAAAUGAAAACCUUUUGGUUGCUACGAUCAACCGUUCCGAAUGUUCAUCUACAACGUUUGGAUAAAAGUACAGCCCGACAUUUUUCAAGCCCAGUCAACUCCCAGCAUUCCGAUUAUGAGAACGUAUGACCUGGAUAAUGAUGUGCCCUGACUUGUUGCAGUUUCACAUUAAGAAAUCAGUGAUGGUUCCAUUGUUAUCGUGUAGACACAUUAUCAGAUUUCCGAUUGCGUUGUGUCCUCGUAGUAGUCAUGUAAACGUACGUACGUUAGCGGUAAUCCUUAAAUUUAAGCGGAAGAUUUUCAAGCUUGAAUGAUGAAAUACGAUUAUAUUAACUACAAUUUUUGUACUAUAUUUUCUAUGCCAAAUAUUGCAGUAGCACCAUUCCAUCAAUGCGCUAUUUCUGAAAACAAAUAUAUCUGCUAAAAUAUAAGUGCGCCGAAAUUAGUACGUUUAUAGUAUAUCAUUAUAGUGAGAAAUAUGGCAAAGCGUCGCGAAAAUCUACAUGUUGUGACUGAUGUGUCGAGUCCUUAUUAUUCUAUCAUAUUAGCAUGAGUAUUUCAUAACUAGCAAUUGUUUAAUAGUUAUAUAAUUGAAACCUAAGUAUUGAA